UUCUCGGCAGCUUUUACCGAGCGCCUUCGGUGUACGACAGAGGGGCCGGUCGCGAUCAUGAUUAGCUGUUUUCAAAACUUCGGCUUUUUGGCGGUGCCUCGGCACCUUGUCGCGUCCAGUGGAAGGAGAGACAGCAUCUUAAGGUUGAGCAACGCGCGAGCGUGUUCGUCUGGCAGAGAUUGGAAGCACAAGUUGAAUACCGUGCCUAAGGUUCAGAGGCCGAAUUUCAGAAAUUUUGAUGGCGUCAAACCUACGGCAAAGAACCGCAGCAAGGCGGAUGCGGACAGAUCGGCUCGCAUUUUGACCCGUCCUUUUGGGUUGGGGGAUCCAAAUGUCCCGAACAGCACGUCAUCUCCGCUAGAACGCCUUGAGCAAGGUAGUGUGGCGAUGCCUGGCCAGAGAUUGUCUGAGAACGAGAAAAACAUUUUGGACAAACUCCAAAUGCAAAAAGACGCGCUAGAGGGAGCGCCCCAACCGCUGACAGACGGUGCAGUAGUAGAUAGCGAAAUGCCAGAAGAAGAAGAUCAAGAGGAGGAAGAAGAGUUCGAGCCAGAAGGUGAUGAGAUGGAGGAAGGCGAAGAAGAUAACAGCAUAUACAAAGUCCCGCCGAUAAGCGAUGCGCCAUCCGAAACAUUUGAUGAAUCGGUGGCCAAAGAGAACGAAGUAAUUCGAAACACGACCAAAUACAUAGCUUCUCACUAUCGGAAAGAGUCGCCAAGAUAUGCAAAGAAGGGCCGUCCUUUGCGCACUAUUCAAUCGGACUAUAGACUUCUUGACACAGAAGGAGAGGAUCUGAUAUUGAAGGAAUCCGAGUACACUUUAAUAAAGAAAAUGGAAUUAGAAGACGAAAUCAAAUUGGAUCCAGAUGUUGAAGAUGACGUGCCUUUGGAUUACGAGGAAAUCAUUUUUGCGGAUGAUCACGAUCAAGAACCUUUUGCAAAAAAUGACGUCAAUGAGUCGGUCACUCACGAGCCCGGACUUUCAAACAACGAAAUCCUCCUGAAAAAGAUCAUGGAUCAAUCCAGCCCUUCUGAAUCCCCUGAUGAACCGGACAACCACAUCGACACAGAAAAAAGCGUUCUGGGACAUUUGGGAAGCCUUAGUUCUGCUCAGAUCAAAAGCAUUCACCGUAUCUUGUCGGGCACAGAACAAACCUACAGCACCAUCAAUCAAUACAUCGUCAGCUCAAAGCUCGGUCUGUCCCAGUGCGCCACAGAAAUCUUCGAACGUAUUUUCGCCGAGAGGCAAAAGUACAAACUUGCCCAAAUUCGCAAAACUCGGCGCGCGGAACUCAAAAGAACAAAGACGUUGGAAAAAAGACGUGCCUUCUUCCAAAAAAGAAUGGAAACGCAAUCCAAAGCCAGAGAGAGAAGAAUGCAAGAGUUUGAAAGGCUGAAAAACGACCCAAAUAUGUUCUACUAUCCAGACAUCAAUUAUUGGAUAUCACGCGAAGAUCUGCUGAACCCCAUCAUUCGAAACGCUGUAUCGUCUGUUUACAACAAUCCCUCUUGGCCUCAUGAGGCCAAAAGAUCAUUCAUCGAUCGCGUAAGAAACACUCUCGCGCGACUCGAAAAGGGACCAUCCUCAAAGAAAAAAUUAAUCAUCGAAACUGUGACGAACUUCAAAUGUGAAGAUACCGCAGUACCCACGUCUGAAAAAGAUUACGAACACUACCUGGCCAUCCCAACCACGGACUGGAACGCCACCAUAUCCGAAAUAGAAGCUCUCAUGGAGCCUCUGGACCUCUCAGGCAAAUACGACCCCCCUCCCCCACCAGACAAAAAGCAAGACGUCGUUCCGCCACAUUCUUGAAAAAUUCUGUACUAUAAUCUUUACUGCUUAAAAAUGUUCAGUGACGAAUAAAACCCCUGCGGAUCCAAAAACUCUUUUCGUUCAUCGUUUUCAAUAUUGGAGGCAACGGCAAUAUUUAAGCUGUGCUCUAGCUCUAACAAAGCCAAUCUCGCAUGCUCUCUGGUCACAACGUCUUUGUCUUCCAACUCGACCAAAGCUAAUACACUUUUUAGUCUCUUCAGAUGCCCCGGAAUCACCUUCAAAAUAUCCUCCGAAAGCCCCUUGAACAGCCGGGUAAGCAAGUAAACUCCACCUCUCCUUACGUGUUCAUCCUUUUCGACCACUAUCAGCUCGUACAUCGUGGCCAUUAUUUCCUCAAUGAAGGGCAACAGCCCAUACUUCAACAGUUCGCACGUCUCCGCCAAGUCAGCCAACGCGCUCGCGCGCAUCAAUGGCUCGGGGUCCUUGUGCACGCUGGUCAUGAAUAAAUGUAUGAACUCCUCUCGAUAUUUCACCAAACAUUGUCCCAAUCUCCGUGCGACCUGCAGCAACGCCUCGCCAACACUCAACCGUAAUUCAAGGGGCUUGGCGUAAUUGACGUAUUGACCACUUAAUAGCGGAAAUGCCAGGUCAAAUGACACGUCGGCCACAGCCGCCAAGCCCUGUAUAGCGCUCAAAUAAACGUACGAAUCCUCGUUGCUCAAA